AUGUCUUCUGCGGACGAGAUCAGAGCCAAGCGUUUGGCCAAAUUGUCAGCGCAGCCUUCGGCAGUCAAUAAUGGCGAUCUGCCCAAAGCAUCUACUCAUGCAGAUUCAGCAUCAAUACAAACUUCAAACCCAGCACCAGCAGCUGCUCCAAAGCCAGUUGCAAUCCCAAAACAGCCUGUAGUGGUUCCACCUAAAGCUCCUAAAGAAAUUGUAACGCUUACUGAAGAAGAACAGCUUGCUGAAUGGAUGAAGCUUGAAAUCGAAAAUAUCUUUCAAGUUACCAUCAACCCACAACAUAACAACAAAAGCUUGGUCUAUUUAGCCACUUUGGUUUCGGACCUCGCUCUGUCGCAGAAAUUGUUGGGUCCAUCCGAUCUUGAAGCCAUUUUUAUGGAAGUCUUGACGGACUUGGGAGUUCCUUCUCCAAACAAAAGCCCUAUUGAAUAUCUCUACAAUGUUUAUCAUAAAGCAUAUGGUACCAAGAGAAUAUUGCCCGUUAAAUCACCUUUAUACAACUCCAAAAUUGCCAUUAUCAAUGAAAUCAUUAGGUUGUCAGUUUCGUAUGGACUGAUCAGUUUUCAGAUACCAGACAUGUUCCUUAACAACGACCUUGCAUCUUCCAUUCAACUAUUUAUCAGGAGAGGUCAUGACUUAACUCCUUUCUUGAUAGACAUCAUUCACUCCAGCAUCGAACAGGACUGCCUCUUAGAUAUCUUGAACAUCAUCUUGCCUACUUUGAGCGUCCAGUUGUAUUCAAGUAAUUUACACGACAGAACUUAUGCGAACACUCUCUUGUUGUUUGAGUCUUUGGUCAAUAUCAAACCAGUAGCAGCAGUAUUCUCGCAGGUUGAAGGUUUCCAGCCUCCUUCUCGCGAAAAUGCUUUAGAUUUCGAGCACAAGACGAUAUUGGGUUCUAUAUUGAGAUUGUCACCACUUGAUGAAAAGGUUAGUAUGUCAUUGUUUGCUUCUGACCCAAGUCCUAUUCAGUUGAAUGGGCUUAUGGAAUCGAUGCAAAAUGAGUACAAGGUGUUGAUUGAGCGUCUUUUUUACAUUGUAGAUAAGUUGAUCCGUGGGUCGGCUGAAACUCGUGAAGCGUUGUUAAUUUGGUUUUCUGAGUUGAUUAAUUUAAGUCAUUUGAGAAGAGGAAGUCAUGCCGAUUACGCCAAACUUCCUUCGGAUGCCAUCAUGUACAACAUCUCUAUUAUUCUCAUCAAGUUGAGUUUGCCAUUUCUAGAUUAUCCUACCUUUUCCAAGAUAGAGAAGAUCGAUGUCGAUUACUUUUCUAAGAGCAAAUUGCUUAACAUUACUGAAGAAUCCAGAGUUAACUCGAGCAUUGCUGAGGCCGACGAGUACUAUAAGGAAAAGAGCGAAUUAAUCUCUCCCAACUUCAUAUCAACGUGUUUUAAUUUGACGUUGACGUAUUUGCAUUAUGGAAUGGGUGGUAUCUAUAUUCACUACGAUAGAUUGAAGAACACAGUUAAACAACUCAACGAGAGAAUAGCCAUGAUUAACUCACCUGUCUCACCUCCAGGAGUCAAUCCAAUGCAGCUCCAGUUCAUGAGACAGCAGCUACCAGCAUUACAAAAGAGUGUUCAUAAGCUGAAAGCUACUAUGCAUGCGAUUACAGCUCUUUUCAGCUUCAGACCUUUGCAACUAGAAGUGUUCGACUUCGUUGUUGGGGCCUGUACUUUUAUUACAAAAUUAAUUGAUCCUUCACACACUUAUCCAAAGUCAAGAUUGCUGAUUCCAAUCUUCAAGAUUGACAAGGUUUCUCAAUUGGACGAUCACGAUUUCUUGAAGACUAAAACACCAGAGCCUUGGAAGUAUUAUCCUGAGUAUAUCUUGGAAGGCAUUAUUAACUAUUGUAAGUUUUCUGUGAACUUCCGUGGGUGUCCAUUAGUGUUGAACGAUGUCAAAUUACGUUUGUUUGUGGAGUUUGCAAUCGUUCUUUUGAGGUGUCCGGAGUUGAUAGGUAAUCCUCACAUGAAGGCUAAUCUUGUAGAAUUAUUAUAUAUUGGUGUAAUUGAUGGUGACCGUGGCUUCAUCACACCAAUCCUUUCUGAAAACAAGUUGGUCAUGGACAACAUCUUAUAUUCGUUGUUGGAUUUUUAUGUCAUGGUAGAAAAAACUGGAGCUCACACUCAGUUCUACGACAAGUUUAACAGUCGUUAUUAUAUUUCUGUCAUCAUUGAGCAGUUGUGGAAGAAUCCUAUCUAUCGUGGACAGUUGACCGACUACUCUAAACACAAUGUGGAUUUCUUCAUCAGAUUCAUUGCCAGAAUGUUGAACGAUACGACGUUUCUUUUAGACGAGACAUUCAAUGAGUUGGAAAAAAUCCAUGAUUGCCAAGUUGAAUUGAAGAAUAGACAACAGGGUCAAACCAAUGAAGAAUUAGGUACCGAUGAAGAACUUUCUAACAAGUUGACAAGUGCAGAAAGAACAGCCAAGUCUUAUAUGGGCUUGACCACUAAGACAAUGCAAUUGUUCAAAUUGUUUACCAAAGAAGUUCCUCAAGGGUUUGUGUUGCCUGAGAUUGUAGACAGAUUGGCAGGCAUGUUGGACUACAACUUGUCUGCUAUGGUUGGACCAAAAUGUUCGAAUUUGAAGGUUGAAGCACCAGAGUCUUAUGGGUUUGAACCCAAGAAGACUUUGGCUGAUUUGUGUGAGAUCUAUUCAAAUUUGGCCAAUCAAAAUAAGUUCGUAGUGGCUGUCUCUCGAGAUGGUAGAUCUUUCAAUUUGGCUUAUUUUGAAAAGGCAGAACAGAUCUUGACUACAAAGACAUAUGUCGACCCAAAGAUUAUCAAGACGCUUAUCAACUUUGCGAAAAGGGCAGAAAUACAAAGACAGGAAGAUGAGGAUGAAGAAAUGGAGUUGGGAGAAGUUCCCGACGAGUUCUUGGAUCCUUUGAUGUACACAGUGAUGGAAGAUCCUGUAGUUUUACCCACUUCCAAAAUUAGUAUCGAUAGGUCUACGAUCAAGGCACAUUUGUUGAGUGAUCCUACUGAUCCUUUCAACAGAAUGCCUUUGAAGAUGGAAGACGUAGUGGAUGAUGUGGAGUUGAAGGAGAAGAUUCUUGCCUUCAAGAGAGACAAAAAAGCAGAACGGAUAGCAGCUAAGUCUGACGAUAUGGAUGUUACUUAA